GUGUCGCCCCCUGGUUGAACGGUUUUGCGGUGUUCUAGUUGUUUACAAGAAAUGUAAAACUUUUUUUCUACUUAGAUAAGAGAGAUUGAAUGAGGAUUAAAAAAGUAACAGGAUAUUUUAUGCUAAUUCUUUACUUAUGCAUUGGUAAUCGUUAUUUAUUUUAGACGAAGUAUUGAAAUUUAAUACAACUGUUGAGCGAUAAUAUAGUACGAAGGUUAUCUUUGACUGAACAGUCUGGUUUAGAUAAUGCGUCUUGUGUUGAGGAGAACUGUUUUAAUUGCCAGUAGGCUAAAAUUCAAAUUUAAUCAAACUAACGUUCAGGUUGUUCAGCUAAUUAGGAAAUCCCAUGUCCUUCGGCCCUUACGACUAUCGUUCACCUUUUUGCCCUUCGCCUUCAGACGCGGUAAACACAAUGAACGGUCUGACGAAAUUAUUGCAAAUAUUCCAAAAGAAGUAUUCGCAAAAGAAACUAUUAAGAAACGAAUUGAUAAUAUUUUCAUAAAGAUUUACGAUUUCAUUAAACUGUUUUGGAGAGGGAUUAGGUUAAGUCUAACAUUUGGUCCAUUGUUGAUAGUAUAUCCGGUUUUCUCAUUAAGUGAAUCUUUACAACAUACUUGGUUAAAAAUAUUUCUUCGGGCCGUUGAAAUUUCAGGACCAACUGUUAUCAAAUUCGGCCAAUGGGCCAGCACUCGCCGCGACUUAUUUUCCGAUUUCUUUUGCGACCUCUUCUCGAAAUUGCAUGACGAAUGUUACAAGCAUUCGUGGAGAGCCACGAAAAGGAAGUUGCAUUCGGCUUUUGGCCCCAAAUGGCGGGAAAUAUUCAUUCACGUGGAAAAAGUACCGGUGGGUUCCGGCUGUGUAGGUCAAUGCCACAAGGCCUAUAUGAGAGCCAACAUGAUCCCUGACGAGGAUAUAUUACAUGAUAUCAACUUUGACUCCGAGUCAGAUGAAGCUCAAAUAGAUUAUGCUGAUGGUUUGGAAUUAAUAGGUUUUGGAAGACGGGAGGAUGACGAUGAUGACGAAGAUAACGAUGAAGGAGACGAGGAUGUUAAACUCCGAUCAAAAAUUGAUUUACUGAAGUCAAAAUUAGGGGAAGAUGAACCGGAACCAGUGAUUAUACCUGUUGCUGUUAAAGUGCUCCAUCCAGGCAUUUAUGGAAGUGUUCAAAGAGAUUUAAAAAUAAUCAGUUACUUUGCACGAAUAUGUCGAAAAAUUAUACCUAGUUUACAAUGGAUAGCAAUAGAAGAGUGCGUUGAAGAAUUCACAAAAUUGAUGACGAAACAGAUUGAUUUAAGGUUCGAGGCUAAAUGCCUUGAAGAGUUUUCUCAAAACUUCGAGGACAUUCCGUAUAUUCGAUUUCCGCGAGUUAUUCGACCAUUUUGUAAAAGGAAUGUAAUGGUCGAAACCUUCGAGGAAGGUGAACCGAUUAGCAACUUUUUAAGUGAUUCGAUAGACUGUGAUCUAAAAGAGGAUUUAGCUAACUAUGGAAUAGAGGCUCUAUUGAAAAUGAUUUUCAUCGAUAAUUUUGUUCAUGGUGACCUUCAUCCAGGAAAUAUUCUAGUUCAGAACGCUGAAGCUUAUUUGAGCAAUAAACAAGCAAAUAAGGUUAUGUUAGUCGAUAUUGGGGACACUCUGGUAGCUGACGUAAAACCUGCUGCGACGCCUCUUAAAUUGGUUCUUCUAGACGUUGGUAUUACAUCGUCUUUGGAAGAAUACGAUUUAGACAAUUUUAAGGCUGUAUUUACAUCCAUCAUUCAAGGCGAAGGUGAACACGUCGCUGACUUGAUGCUGAAGCACGCACCGCAUCAUCAAUGCAAGAACGAAAAUGCAUUCCGAAAAGAAUUAGGAACUUUAGUUAAUCAAUUUAGAGAAAACUCAUUAACUUUAACUAGAGUUAAUGUUUCACUUUUAUUAGGCCAAGUUUUUCAAAUUUUAACGAAGCAUAAAGUUAAACUGGAAAGUAAUUUUGCUUCAAUCAUGAUUGCUAUGUUUAUUGUGGAGGGUCUUGGUAGAAGUUUAUACCCUGAAAUCAACCUUAUUGAAAAGGCCAAACCGUUCGUAUUAGGACAAGUUGCAGCAGGAAUUUGCCGCAAACUUAGUGAAUAA